AGCCUCUGUCUCCACCAGCCCGCAGGAGUCUCUCCCUACCUCGGGACGGACGGACAGACAGACAGACGCAGGGGGGAAACCGAGCCACGGGCCCCGCAACCAUGAAGCAUCUGCUCCUCCUUGCCGUCCUGGCCGCCCUGGCCCUGCUGGCUGUGUGCUACGAAUCUCACGAGAGCAUGGAGUCGCACGAAGUCAGCCCGUUCAUUAACAGGAGGAAUGCAAACACCUUCAUGUCCCCACAGCAGAGAUGGCGCGCAAAAGCCCAGGAGAGGAUCCGAGAACGGAACAAGCCGCCCUAUGAGGUCAAUAGAGAAGCCUGCGAUGACUACAAGCUCUGUGAGCGCUACGCCAUGGUCUACGGCUACAACGCGGCCUACAACCGCUACUUCAGGAAGCGCAGAGGAGCCAAGUGAGCGGCCAAGGACGGAGCCACCGGCCCGGCCUGGCGUCUUUAGGAAAGCCUGGUUUUGAACCCACAGCGCCCCCCCCCCCAAGCUGUAGCUUUAUGACAUAUACAGACACACACACAGAUGCUUGAUUCCUGAGGCUACCUGUCUGGCUGUGUCCCCUACCUUUGUGCCCCUCACCCCCAUAUUGGAAAAGUAAGGGAGUUCCAGGUUGUCGACAUGUAGGAUGAGCUAUAAUAAACUUCUGGUUUGAUACUGCCAUUCGUAAA